UCAGCCCGUUCGGGUUCUACUCCCGAGUCUCCAACGAACAGAGAAGGCAAAACCCAAGCAUCCCCGUCUCCCCUACGCACCAGCACCCCCAUCGCCGCGCCGCCGCCGUCGCCGCCGCCGCUAUGAACCAACCGGUGCAGAAGAACACCCUCUACGUCGGUGGCCUGGCGGAGGAGGUGGACGAGAAGAUCCUGCACGCGGCGUUCGUGCCCUUCGGCGAGGUCAAGGACGUCAAGACGCCGCUCGACCAGUCCACGCAGAAGCACCGCUCCUUCGGGUUCGUCACAUUCCUCGAGCGCGAGGACGCUGCCGCCGCCAUGGACAACAUGGACGGCGCCGAGCUCUUCGGACGCGUCCUCACCGUCAACUACGCCUUCCCCGAGCGCAUCAAGGGAGGGGAGCAGGGAUGGGCCGCCCAGCCAAUUUGGGCUGAUGCGGACACUUGGUUCGAGAGGCAGCAGCAGGAAGAGGAGAUGCAGCGGCUGCAGGCAGAGCAGCGUGCGGCAAUGCAAGUAGCAGAGAAACUGCACAGGGAGAAACUGGCUGCCGAAAGAGAUGGCGAGAAAGAAGAGGAGGCAGAUCCCAUGGCUGCAGCAGAAGCUCAGGCCUUGAAAUAGAGUUCUUAAGAACUGGGGUGUAGACUUCAGAACAUGGGCCACUUCCGUGUCCAUUUGUCAAAUACAUGCUUUUCUUAGCAGUGGCUACGGUAUGACUAACAUGCUAGACUUGCGAGUGCUGUUUGUUUUGCUGAAAGGAACCCAUUCAUCCCUUUACGUGGGAUGCUUUUGUUUUUCCUUUUGUUUGUAAGACUGAUAUGUACUCCCUCCCUACUGCACAGUGCACACUCGCACAUUGAUACAACAUAUUGUGGUAAUAUGUGUCUUUAAUUUGUA